AUGGAAAAUAAAACUAUAGAUGAUAGAUUUAUUGAGAAAAAGAAUAAUUUUAAGAAAAUGAUUUCUGAAAGAGAUUAUAUAUUGAACUGUGUAAAAAUGGCAGAAAUUGCUAUUGCUAAUAAUUCUUUUCAAGACAUGGAAUAUAUCAUCUUUGAUGUUUUUGAUUCUUUUAUUGUUAAACGUAAUAUAUCUGAAAAAAUUGUUUCUACUAUACUGCUUGAUAUACAAAAACUUAGUACCUCAUUUAAUAUAGAGAAUAUUUGUCUUGAUAAUAUAUGGUUAUUUCAAAAUGAUGGCCAUUGCAGUGAAAUUUCUUCUGAUAGUAUAUUAAAUAGUCUAACUAUACUGUUAAAUGAGCUUUUGUCUGUUGGUUUGGUAUCUAUGGAAAUUGCUAGAGAAAGAUUGGAAUCAAAUUUACUUGUUUUAGUUUCAGCUAUUCCAAAUCAUGUGAAUUUUACUAAAAAAGCUAUUCGAAUUAAUACAUCUCUUCUUUAUAAACAAACUAAAUUUAAUCUCAUUCGAGAAGAAAAUGAAGGCUAUUCAAAACUUAUAAUUGAAGUUAAUUUUUUUUUGCAAUCUGAUAUUUUAAAUAAUGACAAAAACAUGAUUAGUUUCAAAAUAAAACAGUUGCUUAAUAAUAUUACAUCUUUAAUUGGUUUUUUUGAUUUGGACUCGAAUAGAGUUCUUGAUAUUUUGUUAACUAUUGCUUCUCAGAACCUUACUUAUCAUUGGAAGAUAUUUAUUGAGUUGUUUUCUGUUAGUUCUUGGUGGUGUUUUACUCAAUCGUGUUUUAAUUUAGAUGAUAUAACAUCUUUUGAAAAACGGAAAAGGCUUAAUAGCAUUUUAGAGAAAGGUGUUCAGUCUCUUUUUGAUGAUAUACAAUGUUGUUCUGGAAGUAAAAUAGCAUCACAGCUUUUGGGUUUUAAAUUAAAAUUUUACAAUUCUUUAGAAAAUAAACAAGAAAGUUUAGAAUCACUUUUUAUGUUAAUAGCACUUUUGAUUAAAUACAGAUUGGUUAAUAUUGGUGAUAUUUUACCUUAUCUCUCUUCCAGUGAUAAUGCAAUUUUAAUGGACUGGAAAAACUUCAAUAAUAGUUUAGAAGAAAAAGCUUUUAAAGCACGAGGGAAUGCUUUAAGUAUGGCAGGGGCUUUAACAGAUGAUGGUGUUUUAAAAGAUAAGGUAGAUAAAGAGAAUAAUUCUCGAUUAGAGACUUUAGAAUCAUCCUUUCUUAUUACUAGCUAUAAUUUUUAUAAUCAGAAGGUUCUUCUUUUGAAAGCGUUACUUUCAGUUGGAUCAUUACCUCAGGUGAUUUAUAUGUUUUCAGAAUUUCCUUUUCUAUGUGGACCAUAUCCGGAUUUAGCGGAUCUUCUUCAUAAGAUUAUUCAUUAUAUGGUUAGUGAUAUAUACAAUAAUAUAUCCCCUUUAUCAGGAUUAUCUAAGAAUUUACGCCAAAGUCUUUUUCAAGAAAAAAAAAAAAAUUCAGAUACACGGUUUAGGGAUUUAUCUUUGGUAUCCACACAAUCUUAUCGCGUUAAGUUAACUUUAGAUCCUUUACCAGUUCAAAGUAUAAAUGAUUCAUUAAGGAAAUUUUUCUAUGAUGACUAUGCAAUGAAUGUUAUCCCUGUUUGUAAAACUUAUGAAGAUUUUCAUAAAAUGGUUAUCCCAGUACUUCGUUUUUCUGGUUUAAAAAUUUAUCGUGACAUUAAAUUAUUAUGUAAGAUUUGUAGAAUAGGUAGAGCUCAAAUUAAAGAGGAACAUUCUUCUCAAGUGGUUAAGGAAUUAUGGAAAUAUGUUAUAAGGAGGGUUAUAUUGCCUGCACUAUCAAUGAUUCAAGUAAAUCCGGGUGUUGUUAAUGAAAUUUACGACCUUAUUAAAUUUUAUUCAUAUUCUGAACGAUACGCAUUUUAUGGAGAAUGGAAUAAUGUUAUUUAUAAAAUAUAUCCAGAGUUGAAAAUUAAAGUUAUUGAAAUUGAAAAAGAAACAAAGAGUAUUUUACGACGCAUCUCAAAAACAAAUGUAAGACAAUUUGGAAGAAUUUUAGCAAAGGUUUCACAUGCAAAUCCAUGUAUUAUAUUUUCUGUUGCUUUGAAUCAGAUAGAAUCUUACGACAACCUUGUUGAUGUUGUUGUAGAUGCUGCUCGAUAUAUUACCAUUUUUGGGUAUGAUGUUUUAACAUUUAUUUUAUUGGUAUCUUUAUCAAAUGAAAAUAAAAAAAGAUUGAAGGAGGAUGGUACUAGUAUAGCUCAUUGGCUUCAAGGUUUGGCUUCAUUUUGUGGAAGACUUUUUAAAAGAUAUUCAAAUAUGGAUCCUACUACUGUUAUUUUUUAUGUUUUUAAUCAACUUAAGAUAUCUAAUACUUUUGAUUUGAUAGUUUUGAAAGAAUUAAUUGCUCAAAUGGCUGGUAUUUUUCCUCCAACAAAUUUAUCGGAAUCUCAACUGCAAGGUCUUGCAGGUGGAGAAUAUUUAAAACAAAUAGCAAUGUCUCUUAUUUAUGACUCAAAAACUAUUUCAUCGAAAAGUUCUAUAAGGUUGCUUAGAUCUUUAGUUGAAUCUAAUUUAGCUGGCCCUCUUUUGAUUCUUAUUGCACAGCAAAAACUUGUUUGUAUUUAUAGGAUGGAUGAUAGUGAUCCACAUUUAAAACUUUUAGCAAAUCUUCUGGAUGAGUGUCAGAACAUUUUAGUACAAUAUGUUGAAUUUUUAACAGCUAACUUGGAUUUUGUUAAUUUUUCAAAACUAUUGCCUACUAUUCCUGAUAUGUGUUUAAAAUAUGGUAUAGAACCGUCUGUUGCGUUUUAUAUAGCUAGAACAAAAAUAAAUGAAGAAAUAAAGAGAUAUUAUGUUAAUGAAGAUUUAAAAAAAAAGCAAGAAAAGUUGCUUGAAGAAAAAAAAUGUUAUGAAAAGAAAGUUUAUUGUAAUUUUGACGAUUCUAUUAAUAUUUUUAAUCGGGAUAUUACGGAUAGUAAUACUAAUAUUUUUAACACUUCAGGAGACUUAGAGGAAGGUGAAGAAGUUGAAGACGAUAUUAAGCUUUUAUCACAAAAUAGUCAUAAUGAAAAUUAUUCGGAAAUUAUUGAUAAAUCCUUAUUAAAUCCUGUAUUAGUUUCUCUUGUAGAAUCGAUUACCGAUGUUCUUCCUAAGGAAGUGUGGUCUUAUAUGAGGUCGUUUUUAUUAAAUUAUGUUUUAUUUGCUAAAUUUAAAAGUCCGUGGUUUUAUGUUACAUUUUGGCAACUUCAACUUUAUGAUAUUUAUGUUCCUAUAAAUCAAUAUGAAAUAGAAAUGAAUAAAAUGAAGUCAAUUGUUUUGACUAUUGAUCAAGAUCGUCCUGAUGUUAGUGUUGCAUCUCAAAAAAAAAAAGAGAAAGAUUUAAUUGUUCAGAAAAUAGAGAAAUGUCAAGCAGAACUUAGUUCUCAAAUAUCUUCAUAUGAAAAUACUCGAAAAAGGAUAUUCUUAGAGAAAGACAUAUGGUUUUCUUUUGCUUCUUCAUCAGUAGAAUCAAAUGGUACAGGGCCCACUGGAUAUCAUAGAAGAAUUGAAGUUAUUAAUCAUUUAAUACAAUAUUGUUUUUUGCCUAGGUGUCUUUUUAGUCCUAAUGAUUCUACUUAUUGUGCAAAAUUUAUACGUUUAAUUCAUUCUUUUGGAACACCUAAUUUUUCUACUCUUACAUUAUAUGAUAGGCUUUUUGGUGAUUACUUACCUUCAUUGCUGUUUAUUUGUACUCAACAAGAGGCUGAAAACUUUGGUAGAUUUUUACGAGAAAUACUAAUUGAUCUUUUUUCUUGGUAUAAGGAUGAAACAGUUUAUAAUAAAGAAGCAAAAGGUACAAAGAAUUUACCUGGAUUUCAAAAACGUUGGUCUUCUGGUUUUCGUGAUAAAUUCCAAGAAUGUAUUAAUGAUGAUGAUAUGCUUCAAUAUGAAGAAUUUAAACGUUUAAUGUAUAAAUGGCAUAGAAAAUUAAAUCAGGUAUUUAAAAUAUGUUUAGAUUCAAAGGAAUAUAUGCAUCUUCGCAAUGCUAUUAUAGUUCUAGAGAAAAUAUCUGAAUGUUUUCCUAUUAUAUCAUGGAUGGGACGGGCACUUAAAGAUAAAAUUUCUUUUAUUGUAGCACAAGAAAAAAGAGAAGAUUUAAAAGUUCGGGCUCUUGGAUAUAGAGCAAAGUUAAUAAAAGGAGAGAUUAAAUGGAUGUCAAUAAACCAAUUUCAGAAGAUCGAUAUUUCCCCAGGACAUAAUAAUUUAUCUAAUGAUUCACGAACUCAAGGGUCUGCUUCAGUGAAAUUGACAUCUCCAGGAAAUAGCUCUUUGGAUCCUGAAUCUUUGACUAAUAAUCAAAGUUUUAAAAAAAAAAUAGAUGAUAAUGAAGUUAGAAACUCUGGCUUUAAUAAUAUUGUUUUGUUUGAUAAAUCGCCAGAGGGGCUCAAAUAUGAACAGUUAUCUCAAGGUCAGGAUUUAAUAAUGAAUAUUAAGAGUGAAAAACAAGUUAAAGAAGAAUCUUAUAUUGAUUCUUCUGUUAAUAAGUUUCGAAUAGAAAAUACUGUAGAAUCAAGCUAUAUAAAUAAUGAUGAUUCCAAAAAAUAUAAUUUUGGGGCUAAAAGUUUAAAUGUACCUCGAUCUAAAGAUGAUCAAGCAAAUAAAAAUACACCUAUAGACGAUAGUCAAAGUGUUGACAUAUCUCGAAUUGAUAAUAAAAUGUUGUCUGAUUCUAAUGCUGUAGUGCACUCGAAAAAUUUGAAUUCUGAUUUGAAAAUACAAAGCGUAUCCAACAAAGAUAAUGUGGAACCUAGCUUUCAUUCUGAUACAGUUCUAUAUGGUAAUCAGGAUUUCUAUCCUACAGAUAAUUUUAAUGUAAAAAAAUUGAAAGGAAUUGAGACUAAUGAAUGGUCUCGUUCUGAUGAUAAUUUCUUAGAGCAUAAAGAUUCUCAAAAUAAGUCUUAUAAUUCUCAGAAGCACUAUAAUUUUUCUUUGGAAAAAGAAAAAGAUAUAUCUGUAGUAACUAGAACUUUUAUUAAAAAUUAUGAAGGAACCGAUGCAUUAGAUGAAAAAGCACCUGUAUUUUCAGAGAAAAUAUCUCAAAAACGAGCAAUUAAUGACUUUGAAACGAGUUUACCUGUGACUAGAGUGGAACAUAUAACAGGAACUCAUAGAAAGACUUCUACUGAAUCUCUUAAGUCAAUAACUUAUCAAAAUAAAACGAAAACGCCUCAGGAUGAAAUUGAUUCUUUAAAUGUACAUUCAUCAAGACGUAAACAAAUAAUGAUUGCUGGUGAACUAAAUGAACAAGUUCAAUCUUAUUCUUCGUCAUCUAAGUUUAAAGAUAUACCUAAAGGACCUUCUUUGAAUAGGGAUAAAUUUUCUGAUAGAGUAUUUUCAUCAAGGGAGAUUUCUCAUGAUGAAACUGUUUUUUCUAAUCGAAGAACUUCUCCUAUAAAGACUUCUGAAAUAGGGAAAAAUCGUGAUAUUCCUGAUCAAAGAAAAGGUCGUGAUUAUGAACAUGUAUCAACUAACAGACGUUCUAUGAUGCGUUUUGAUAUGGAAAAACAGUCUUUUAUUAGACGUAACACUGAUGAGCCUUUUCGAAUAUAUUCUCAUCCUGUCUCUGAAUCAGAUUCAAGACGUGAGUCUUUUUUUAAAGAAUCUUCAAAAGACUCGAAAUCUAAUAGGGAUGACAGACGAAUGGUUGCUUUAUCUAAUAAAGAUGUACAUAGUAGAGAAAAAGAUUAUAUUCAUGAUAUUGGAAAUCGUGGUCAUAGUCGUGAAAAAGUAAGAGAUAAGGAUAAUUUUGUUGAGAGAGGCAGGUUUUUUUCUAAUAAGGAUAAUGAUUUUGUAGAUAGAAAUAUGGAAAAAGUACGCUCUUUGAGAGAAUGUAAAGAUAGCUACGAAUAUAGAGAACAAGCAUGGGAUCCUACAAUGUCUCGCAAACAUUCGCGAAAUUCUUCUGUUCGUCAAAUAAGUAAUAGGGAUUUAAAUGAUUCGUUUAAACGUAGAAGAAUGGAAUCUUAG